CUCAUCAUCUAUCAAAUGCAUAGAAUGAAUCAAAGAUGCGUGCGUUGAUAAAGCCACUCCUUCACUUCCGCUGCUCUUAUUAUCCCAUCGCCACUUCUCGCACUCCCAUUAGUUUACUCUCUCCCUCAACUAUCCGAUUUCUCCACGGCUACUGCUACUCCUCCCCUGCGGCACUUCGCAAAGUAACCGCCAUGAGCCGCGGCAACUCCUCCGCAGCCGCCGGUGACUAUUCCCCGGACCACGUCGUCGGUGAUUGGUUCUCCGUGCCCGAACUCAGGCUUCGCGAUCACAGAUUCGCUGUCCCUCUGGACCAUUCCCUAGAUCCCCGUACUUCCGCUACCAUCUCCAUCUUCGCCCGCGAGGUCGUCACUGCUGGAAAGGAAGAGCUUCCUCUACCAUAUCUGGUUUACUUGCAAGGUGGACCAGGAUUUGAAUGUUCACGACCAACUGAAGCUAGUGGAUGGAUAAGCAAAGCUUGUGAAGAAUAUCGUGUGAUUUUAAUGGAUCAGCGAGGAACAGGCUUAUCAACACCCUUGACAACAUCAUCUAUGUCACAAAUGAAAUCUGCUGAGGAUUUGGCUGAUUACUUGAAGCACUUUCGAGCUGACAGCAUAGUCUAUGAUGCUGAAUUUAUACGCAAGCGUCUUGUUCCUGAUGCUGGACCUUGGACAGUUUUAGGACAGAGCUUUGGGGGAUUUUGUGCAGUCACUUAUUUGAGUUUUGCUCCGCAAGGAUUGAAACAAGUUCUAAUAACUGGUGGACUCCCUCCAAUUCAAAGUGGAUGCACUGCUGACAGUGUAUACAAAGCUUGCUUUGAGCAAGUUGUUCUUCAGAAUGAAAAAUAUUACAAGAGGUUUCCUCAGGAUAUUAAAAUUGUUCAAGAUGUUGUACAUUACUUGGCAGAGUCUGAAGGAGGAGGGGUGCACCUUCCAUCAGGUGGCAUCCUAACACCCAGAGGACUACAACUUCUUGGUCUCUCGGGUUUAGGAUCUAGUACUGGUUUUGAACGCUUGCACUACUUGUUUGAGCGUGUCUGGGAUCCUGUAAUAGUCCCAGGGACAAAAAGGAGAAUCAGCUACUACUUCUUGAGUGCUUACGAAAGAUGGCUGGCAUUUGAUACAAAUCCUUUAUAUGCAAUAUUGCAUGAGUCUGUAUAUUGCCAGGGUGCCGCUUCAGAGUGGUCUGCUCACAAAAUAAGAGCUGAAAAUGAGAGCAAAUUUGAUGCAAUUAAGGCUGCUAAAGAGGGACGUCCUGUGCAUUUCACUGGAGAGAUGGUAUUUCCAUGGUUAUUUGACGAAAUCCAUGCCUUGAGGCCUUUUAAAGAAGCAGCAGAAUUAUUGGCGAAGAGGAAAGAUUGGGCUCCACUCUAUGACAUUGCUACAUUGAACAAUAACAAGGUGCCAGUUGCUGCAACUGUUUAUUAUGAAGACUUGUAUGUGAACUUUAAGUUGUCUAUGGAGACAGCUUCUCAGAUAGCGGGGAUUAGGCUGUGGGUGACAAACGAAUACAUGCACUCUGGUCUGAGAGAUGGCGGAGGUCAGGUUUUGGAUCACUUGCUGGGUUUGCUAAAUGGAAAGAAACCGCUGUUUUGACCUGAACUUCCUUUUGGACGCUCAUUCCUGUCGGUGUAGCAUAAUCUGAAUUCAUCGAUCUCCCACUAAAACUUCCAAAAACUACACAAAUUAAACGCCGAACGCAUGCCUUCCGGAUUAAUGGAGAGAGAUCAGAUAUGGCCGUUAGCUUCGGGGUCUGACCGUCCAAGCAGCGACGACGAAGAAUCGCAUUCAAACACAAAGGAGAUCCAUCGGAAACGGCUCAUAAGAAAGUGCUGCGGUUGCGCCGCCGCUGUGCUCCUCGUCGCGGCCGCUCUAAUCGUCACCCUCGCCUUCACGGUUUUCAAAGUAAAGAACCCCGUUAUCACGCUCAACGGCGUGAACAUCGAAAAGUUGGAGUUCCUCAACGGCACGUCAAUGCCUAAGCCCGGUUCUAAUAUGACACUAAGGGCCGACAUUUCCGUUAAGAAUCUGAACUACGCAUCGAUGGAGUACGGCAACACGAGCAGCAGCCUGUUGUACCACGGCACGGUGGUUGGCGAGGCGAGGGGUCCGCCGGGGACCACGAGAGCGCGGCGAACGGCGCGGAUGAACAUUACAGUGGAUAUCAUGACGGACCGGAUCGUGUCUCAGCCGAGCUUAAGUGGGGAUAUGAGUAAGGGAAUGCUCACCAUAAAUAGUUACACCAGAGUGGAAGGGAAAGUGAAGUUUUUGAAAGUGAUAGAGAAGCAUUUGGUGGUGAAGAUGAAUUGCAGUGUGAGUUUGAAUGUGAGUAGCAGACAAAUUCAGCAUCAGGAAUGCCAGCGCCGAGUCCAGCUCUAGAUUCACCCUCCAUCAUAUGUUUCAUUUCAUCUACUAUUUGUUUUUUUUUUUUU